GAUAGGGAUAGUUUAUUAUUACGCGCACACAACAAAUAUCUCACCUUUUUUAAACGGAAAGUAAGCAACAGAUAGCAAACAUGCAGUUCUCCUGGAUGAAGGUGGCCAUAUACCUUCUCACUUUCCUCACAUACGCAUAUUCCGGAUACGGAUCCAGCACGAUAGUUCAUCUAAGGGAUGCCAUUAUAGCGGCCGAGGCAAUAUUUGGUGACGUGUUCAAGAACAUGAUAGUUCUGGUGCGCAAAUUUCGCACGGUUCAUGAGGUUUUCGAUGCGGCUGUGGACGAGAAUUGCGUUUACCAAUGCCCCGCUCCGGAUAUUGGAGGACCAGCCCCUCGGGCGGUUCAGAAUAAGUUCUAUACCCCAACCGCCGAUGGCUGUGGAUCCCUGGGUCUGCGUAUCAGUACGGACUAUCUGCCGGCCAAGGAGAUGGAGACCUGUUGCAACGACCACGACAUCUGCUAUGACACCUGCAACAGCGAUAAGGAGUUGUGUGACCUUGAUUUUAAGAGAUGCCUCUACAAACACUGUGAUAGCUAUGAAAAGUCCAUAGCCAGCGAUCUUAUGGUAAAAGGGUGCAAAGCGGCGGCAAAGAUGCUGUUUACCGGCACUUUGACCCUGGGAUGCAGGUCCUAUUUGGACUCCCAGCAAAGGUCCUGCUAUUGUGCUCCUGCCAAGAGCUCCUCCUACAAUGGCAACAAACAGAGCAACAGCAGGGAGAGACAACAGCGCCAAAAGUAUGGAUGGAAGGAUCGGAACGAGAUAUAGUACAGGAUCACUGCUUAUGAGGGUGUGGGACACGAGGGGUAUUUGAAUAAGUGCGCGUUAAAUGUUUUCGUUAACCUGUUUUGUGUUAGAUUAUGAAUGGUUGUCCAUUGGUCUCCCGAUUCGACGAAUUUCAUAAUUAUAUACCAAAUAGUGGCACGUCCAGACUGUUAAAUAAAUUGAUAUUUUUACCUAUUAUAA